AUUUAAUAAAUGUUUACUAUUAUAGUUGACUUUAUAUGUAGUAGAACCUUAAUAAAUCUUUUGAGAAAUCAAUGAAUGAAUGGGAAAAUUCAUGUGUCCUGUUUCCUGUCCACUUGUCUUUCUCCUUUUCUCUAUCAGUUCAUUCAUUUACCAAUAGCCAGGCAGGACAAGUGAUCUCCACGGAUUCCUAAAGAUGAAAGGAAGUUGGGUGGAUCACCUGUUUCAAUCCUGAUAUCUGUGAACAGAAAACUAUUCCACCAGAUGGAUAGAGACAUUUUGAGUCAUUUUCUGCUAUUUGGAGCAAGGGAGAGAGACUUUGGAACACAGGCUUAGGCGACAGAAGAAAUAGACAGAGAACCCAGGAUACUGGACGACCACUAUGAGCCACAGAAAAGAGGAAAGCCCUGGAGGAAACCAUGGCCUUUACCACUCAAGCCCUGGCCAGUGUGGCCUACCAGAUCAGCAAUCUGGCUGGCCAUCUGCUGAAGAUGCUGGAUCUCCAGGACACUGGGCUGAGGCAGGUGGAGGCCAAUGUGAGCACACUGGACCAGAUGGUGAACAUGCACAUGGAGAAGAUUGCCCGAAGGGAGAUUGGAACAUUGGCUGUGUUCCAGCGGCUGCCGACAAAUCAGAAGAUCAUCCCCCCUGAGAACCUGCCCGUGUUGGAGCCCUACUAUAGGAAACCUCUCAACUUCGCCUGCCUGGAUAAUGUUGGCCAUGGGAUUAAGGAUCUGAGCACUCAGCUGUCCAGAACUGGGACACUCUCCCGAAAGAGCAUCAAGGCGGCAGUUGCCCCUCCCUCAGGAACACUAGGUCGACUCUCCAGAGUCCCCGAACCUGUACAUCUCCCAGUCAUUCCUGAUGGCAAAAUCUCUGCAGCCUCCUCUCUGACUUCUUCCAGUAGCACUGAAGGCAUCUGUGGGAUCCCCGUGGUCAAGGUGCCAAUGAUGCCCCAAGCCCCAUCACUCCCCGAUUCCAUGUCCCCAAAUGAAGCACUGGAGAACUCUCUUCCUGAGGAGCUGUCCACACCCCAGUCAGUACCAGACCUGCCCCCACCCCUAGACCUGCCCCCACCCUUGGAGAUUGAUGAACUGAUGCUGCCACCUCCUCCACCCCCUGACUUUGAUCCAGAAGAACCAACUUGGGCCCCUGCUCAGUACUUGGAAAAAGUGGUGACGCUGUACCCUUACACCUGCCAAAAAGACAAUGAGCUCUCCUUUGAUGUGGGCACUACCAUCUGUGUCACCCGCCGAUACUCGGAUGGAUGGUGCGAGGGUGUCACCUCUGAGGGUUCUGGCUUCUUCCCUGGAAACUACGUGGAACCAAGCUGCUAAUAGGCCGUCCUUCAUGCCCCCUGGCAAUU